AUGCGCUCAAAGACGACCGGGGGGUCCGUCGGCACCCUGCUCAGGGCGGAGGCGAACGAGGACGCCAGGUACACUGGCAGCCUGUGGAGCGCAAAGGCUUCUCGCGGCGGGCCGCGCGCCGCGCUGGGCAGGUGGUGGGCUUCCUCCACGGACCGCGACUUCCUGCGGUCCGGGGACGGGAGGCGGGCCUUCUGGUGGGCGCUGCUGCCGUUGCCCAGCCUGGUCGGCUUGGUCCUGGACCGGAGCCACGCGGACCUCGUCAUGCUCAAUAGUUGCACUGCAAUCAUGCUGGCGAUGGGUGGCUGGAUCUUCUCCUCGUUCGGCAUGGUGGAGCUGCUCUGGGCGGACGUGGCGGUCGCGGGCAUCUACCUCGCCCAGGUGGUCGCUAUGUACGGCUCAAUCCUCUUCGUCGCCGGCGAGUGCCAGCCUCUCAUGUUGCCCCAGGUCGCCGCGUGCUUUGCGAUGGUGUUGGCGGGAGUGCACUCCACGGUGCUUGCCGGCUUCCUGGGUGCAGUGAGCGUGGCGUGCCCCUUCUUCUCCGCGAUCCAGUGGCAGUCCCAGGACGCCGUCGCCUGCAUAUACCUCCUACUUGGCAGUGUCCUCGUGGAGUCGCGGCUGGCCGUUCUGUGGAGCGAGAGGCAGGCGCUCCGCUGUGGCUACAAGCCCCUGGACACCGCGACUGGCGGGUAUGACUGCGCGGCCGACGAGGUGGCCCUGAGGCAGUCCUCCUGGCUGUCCGUGCGCUCAGCCGCCGUCGGGCCCGCCGUGCCUGCCGAGCUGCAAGAGUACGACCCCUCCCGGGGCGAGGGGAGCGUAGCUGCUGCCGGAUCUGCGAGAGGAUCGAGCGCCUCGAGCUUGCUGCCCGAGCGGCAGGAGCGGCGCUGGUUCUCCCCAGCCGAUGCCCCUCCGCGCCUCUCGGCCACGUGCUCUGCCAGCGACGAGGCGGUCGUGCCGCUGAGGGUGCACGACGAGGUGUCCGCCCUGGGCGCCGCUCGGCAGCACGGUGUGCCGCCGCGGCGGGCGCAGCCGUCGACGGCGAGCUUGGGCCCGAGGGCCCCCACGGCGGCGACUCCGUCGAGUCCAAGCGCGGCCCCUGCGCUGCCCAGGGCCGUCAUGCUGGGCGGCUUCCGCGACCCGGCGCUGAACGCGUUCUUCGUGGAGCGCUGGGGCCCGGAGUGGGCCGUGUUCGGCCGCAGCACGCUCUGGACCACCGGCGAGGCCGCGGGCCGGCUUUUCUUGUAUUUCGACGCCGCCCACAAUGCGUGGGCGGCCGCCAGGGCUGAGCAGCUGUCUGCUGUGCAGGGAGGGCUGAGCCAGUGCAUCGCGAUGGCCCCCGCGGGCGACGACAUCUGGGACGCGGGCGCCCCCAAGGAGGGCCCCCCUUGGCGGGAGUGGGACGAGAGGGUCAGCGCGUGGGCGAGCCGCCCUCGGGCGGGCGUGAAGAGCUGCGGCAAGGCGAGGCCCCGCGACCUCACUCAGGAGGCCGCGGUGCAGGCCACCCCCGAGCUGCGCGACCAGGGCUGCCAGACGGAGAAGGUGCUCGGGGAGGACAUCGUGAAGCUCUGGACGAGGCAGCCCUGA